AUGCGGCAGUGGUGGCAAUGCAGAUGCGCGGAUUUCAAAAUUUCUUUCCGGCUCACAAUUGAUUUUCUGUGUCCGCUUUAAAAAUGCAGAUCAUUUGCGUUGCAUUCUAUUUUAAACCAUUUCUGAAAUUGUUGUCUUCCUAAAUCUACGUCUUCAUUGUGAUAACAGAGGAAUACAUAUUUUUUUUCUUUAACCAAUAAUUACCUAUUUAAAAAAUGAAAUUUACAGGUGUUAUCACAGAGGUUGUUUACAAAAAACAAAAAGUGAAAAAAAGUGAUUACGAUCUAGAUUUGUGGAAAGAAGUCAGAAAGAGAUGGCUGGUGUUCGGAGUUCUAAUUUCGAUAAUGUUUGCGGUGGUCUCACCGCACGUGGGAGCCCCAGGAGGCAAUGAACGCAUGCUCUUACAAUCAUUAGAAACAUUGCACCCCAUAUUUGCCAUGACCUCUUCAUAUGGAGUACAUAUCGUAUGCGCCACUCACCUAUAUUUACUUCAAUGCGGGUCGGGGCUACCGCCGUGGGAAAUCCGCAAGGGUGAUGAACAAAACGGCAAGCGUGUCGGGUGGAACGGCGACCGUAUCUGGUGGAACGGCGAGCAUUUUGGGUGGAACGGCAAGGGUAAAGUCCCAUGCCCGAGUGAUCGCGACAAGCGUCCUGCACGCUAACGUCGCAGCGCCCGUGCUGUGCGUCGUCACUGUGUCCGCUUUCCAGGAUGUGCUGGACCAUCGGAUAAUAAAAGGAGCGCUGUUCGCUUCAGUGGGCGGGCCGUGUCCCUGGCUAUCGCUGUCUCUUUCUCAGAGUUCGUCCGCGGUGGUCUGUGUUGCCAGCAGCUAUGUGUUGUCGCUAUUGGCUGCCCCACUCGCUAUGUUGUUACUGUGCGGCCGCGCAGCCGUCCCUCCCAUCGGGCACCUCACAACAUCCGUCCUCACUUCCCUCAUUCCCUUCACGCUGGGCACUCUCCAUCCAGCAACUCCAACACGAGCAUCACCCCAACUAGCGGCGCUGUUGUUGCUGUACGGAGACGUGUGCGCGAGGCUCGUGGAGGCUGAGGGCAGUGUGUAUGUGGGGGACGUGCUGACUACUAUAUGCUUGGAGAGCGCCAUGCCCCCAGAGCUGUGCUACCUGUGGAGCAGCGCGGCGCUGUGUUGCGCGUACGCGCGCUGCGGGCUGCUGUCGCCGCGCGCCGCGCGCACUGUGGCCUUCUGCGCGCUGCCCAAGGCCGACCACCACGGUUGGGAGUGGUCCCCUAUGUGCGGGGCGUGGGGCGCGGGGGCGCUGGCCGGCGUGCUGCGCGCGCCCGCCGCCGCGCUGCUGCUGGCGGCCGCGGCGGGGGACGGGGACGGGGACGGGGACGGGGACCACGCGUAGGGGACGACACCAAGAACGUCGGGCGAGUGUACCCAAAUGACAUAGAAGAUUUUCACACUAUUUCCCGGCCCGAUCCGGCUAAUUUCAUACAAAGUGGCAGUUUGUGCUGGGCGAGUAGUGAGCGCUCUAGCUCGUUGAACGUUUAUUGAUAAAAUGAAAACUGCGAUAUUUGAUGUAGUGAUGUAGUUAGACUAGUGAUGUAAUUUUGGGGCCUUACUAAGCCUUCCUUAGAUGUUAAUAGUUGCUACACGUACCUAACGUAUCAUUGUAGUCUCAUGCUCAGAAUCCAUAUUUGCAACUGUGUUCUUAUAUCUAAUUUUUGGAAGAAAACAAUAAAAUCUUCGAAAACAAUCUUUGGAUAAAAUGGGAUCACAUCAAGCUGGCGAAGGGUUUGUAAUAUCUAAGAACGAGGUCCAAUGUUUACAUUUUUAAUUAGAUUGUACAAUCUGAAUAGUUAUUUUGUUAGAAAAUAAUUCAGAACAUUUAGACUGUAGCUUUCCGUGUACUUUCGCUCAAGACAGUAUAAACAAUCCAUUUUAAAAAUUAAAAACAUUAUAUCAGAACAUUUUUGUUUUAUUUAUCACAAGGAUUCAUGGCUAUAUUUAAGAACUACUUUGAAUAAAUUCAAAUAAAAUAAUAAUUGAAUUGUCAUGAAAAUAUAAAAAAAGAACCAUUUUGAAGUUGUUUGAAAAUGUAAUUCCUUAAAUAACGCCACUGUGGACUUAAAUAAUACCUACGUCUGCUAUAAAACUAUUCAAGUAUUCGAUAAUCCUGAUUGGGCCAAAAAAACAUUUACUACCGACUUUACACAAAGUAAGAUAAUAUUCAACUUUAGAAGAUGGAAUAGGUAGGUACCUAACCUAGGUACAAAGAAGAAAACACAAGACUGUUUAAAUUACUGACACUUAAUUUUUUUACACAAAAGCGUAAGAAACACGAACACUUUAAACUCGUGUUACUGUCAAAGAAAAAAAGAAGAGGAAAUAAAAAGCAAAAUUAUACAUAAAUUCGACCCAAUCAAGGAAAAUAAUACCUACAAUUUGUACUAACCCUCUUUGAUGACACUGACAUCUUUAUGGUUAUCAGAUAAAUUAAUAACUUAAUAGAAUCAUAAUCACAGUCAUGGCGAAAUACUUAUAUCAUCAUUGUCGCUUAACUCUAGUAAUAUCAUCUAAUUAGAGAAAUAGACAAGCGAAGAAUGUUAUUGAUCAAAAGAGUUUAAAUAAGUACUUCACCGAAAUGAAGUAGCUACUUAAGUGAAUUAGUUGAGAAAAUUGUAAUUGAUCACUAAUUUUAUUUGAUCACAACAACGGAGUAUGUAAUAACAUUGUAAACAAUCCUACGAGUGCUUAUAACUAAUAUUUAGUGAGCUAAUUUAUGAACACAAUAGUUAAUUUAUUUUCUUUAACGUUGUGUCGUUAAAAUUACAGUAUCGAUAUGUCACAGCUCAUAAACAAUUUCUUUAGUGAUAAGACAUUUAAUCAAGAUUCAUUAAAAAUUGUUUAAAAUUUUAAAUGCAAUGUUACAGGAAUCUCAGUAUAAAGCAAAUUUUUGAUAUUUAUUCAUUAUCUCUAAAUUCAUUAAAGAGAAAUAAAUUUGCAGCAAUACAACAUAGUUUUGAGCUUUUCUGCCACUAGAGAGCCAGAGCGCUGUGAUC